AUGUCGUCUUCUCCAAUUCGUGAUGUCAAUGAUCUUCCUGAAGAUCCAAGCUUGAAAGAAUCUGAAUCUCAAUCUCAAACACAAGGUAACCAGGCAAAUGUGCCAUCAUCACCAUUGUUUUUUGCUACAUCAUCGUCCAAUCCACAAUCUGAAGCUAAUGCUCCAAACACACGAUCACAAAGAAGGGAUGUAUCUUCUCCAUUAAACUACAGUUCUUCGGUCCAUCAUACUUCAGAUGCUGCUCGAGGAAAUGAAGCAGGCUCAAGUAGACUUAGAUCCGAUAGAUUAACGAGUGAUGUUGAUAGAAUCAUAAGAAGACAUAAUAGAAGUGAUUUACAUGAUACUAAUUCCUCUCCUAUGCGUAGAAGAAUUUUCACAGAAUCUAGUGCUGGACAUAGCGAUGGGGUAAACGUGAAUUCAUCAUCUUCACAGUUUAAUACUGAUCCAAUGGAAGGAAAUGAUGAACCAGUGAGAGUCAUUUGGGGUACCAAUGUUUCUAUUCAAGAUUGUUCUAAUGCCUUUAGAGAUUUCUUGAUGAACUUCAAAUUCAAGUACAGAAAGAUUAUGGAAGAUAGGUCAAUAGAACCCGAAGAUAGUAACUUGUAUUAUAUUAACCAAUUAAAUAACAUGAGAGAUUUAGGUUUCACUAAUCUUAACUUGGAUGCUAAAAAUUUAUUGUCCUACCCUGCAACUAAAAAGUUAUAUUAUCAAUUAAUUAAUUACCCACAAGAAGUUAUACCAAUUAUGGAUCAAACGGUUAAGGAUUGUAUGGUUUCCUUAAUAAUGGACAAUAAUGAGUUAACCACUGGAAAUGCUAAUAUUGACGAUAUUGAAACCAAUAUUUACACUAUUCGUCCAUAUAAUUUAAAUGCGGUUGAAAAGGGUAUGAGAGAAUUAAAUCCAAAUGACAUAGAUAAAUUAGUCAGUGUCAAAGGUUUAGUUUUAAGGGCUACUUCAAUUAUUCCAGAUAUGAAAGUAGCUUUUUUCAAAUGUAAUGCCUGUGAUCAUACCAUUGCAGUUGAGAUUGAUAGAGGUGUUAUUUCAGAACCAACUAAAUGUCCAAGAGAGGUUUGUGGUCAGACAAACUCGAUGAUGAUAGUUCAUAAUAGAUCGUCAUUUGCGGAUAAACAAGUCAUCAAGUUGCAAGAGACCCCAGAUUUGGUUCCAGAUGGGCAAACUCCGCACUCUAUUAAUUUGUGUGUAUAUGACGAGCUAGUUGAUUGUUGUCGUGCUGGUGAUCGUGUUGAAGUUUGUGGUAUUUUCAGAUCAUUACCUGUCAGAGCUAACUCAAGACAAAGAGCUCUUAAGAACUUAUACAAGACAUAUUUGGAUGUUGUUCAUGUUAAAAAGAUUGAUAAGAAAAGGUUAGGGGCUGAUGUUAGUACAUUAGAUCAAGAAGCGUCGGACAAAGAACAAGAAGUAGAACAUACCAGGAAAUUAUCAGUCGAGGAAAUCAAUGAAAUUAAAGAAGUUUCUGAAAGAGAUGAUUUGUAUGAAGUUUUAGCGAGAUCACUAGCUCCUUCAAUUUAUGAAAUGGAUGACGUGAAAAAGGGUAUUUUGUUACAAUUGUUCGGAGGUACUAAUAAAACAUUUCAAAAAGGUGGUAGGUAUAGAGGUGAUAUUAAUGUCUUAUUGUGUGGUGAUCCAUCUACAUCUAAAUCUCAAAUAUUGCAGUAUGUACAUAAAAUUGCGCCUAGAGGGGUAUAUACAUCAGGUAAAGGUUCCUCUGCUGUGGGUUUGACGGCAUAUAUUACUAGGGAUAUUGAUACCAAACAAUUGGUAUUAGAAAGUGGUGCCUUAGUUUUAUCUGAUGGUGGUGUCUGUUGUAUCGAUGAAUUUGACAAAAUGAGUGACAGCACGCGGUCAGUUUUGCAUGAAGUUAUGGAACAACAGACUAUUUCUAUUGCCAAAGCAGGAAUUAUAACCACAUUGAAUGCCAGAACGUCUAUUUUAGCAUCAGCUAAUCCAAUUAACUCGAGAUAUGAUCCAAACUUACCAGUUACUUCUAACAUUGAUUUGCCACCUCCGUUAUUGUCCAGGUUUGAUUUAGUAUAUUUGAUUUUAGAUAAGGUCGAUGAAAAAAUUGAUAGACAAUUGGCCAGACAUUUAACUGAUAUGUACCUAGAGGAUAUGCCAGACAAGGUUACAAAUAACUUUGUCUUACCCGUUGAAUUCUUAACUUCAUAUAUUCAGUAUGCAAAAGAAAAUUAUAAUCCAGUUAUGACAGAAGAAGGAAAAAACGAACUAGUCAGAGCAUACGUAGAGAUGAGAAAAUUAGGUGAUGAUAGUAGGUCAUCUGAACGGAGAGUUACGGCAACCACGAGACAGUUAGAAUCCAUGAUAAGAUUGUCCGAAGCACACGCCAAAAUGAGAUUAUCUGAACGUGUCGAAUUAAUUGAUGUCAAGGAAGCAGUUAGAUUAAUUAAAUCUGCCAUUAAAGAAUACGCAACGGAUCCAAUAACUGGUAGAAUUGAUAUGGACAUGGUACAGACUGGUACGACUGCGGCCCAAAGAAAGAUACAAGAGGAUUUGACUCAUGAAAUUAUGAAUGUCAUAGAGGAAAAUAAUAAUUUGAUAAGAUUCACCGAUUUAGUUGUAAAAAUCAAUGAGAAAACAUCAUUCAGAGUGGAAAAUCAAGAUAUUAAUGAUGCUAUCAAAAGAUUACAACAAGAAGGGAAAAUCAUUGAAGCCGGUGAUAGUCACAGAAGAACAAUCAGAAAAGUGGCCCUUGUGUAA